GGAUGCACAAAGGAGAAAGCAAAGAAGCAGGUGCGUCCGUGUUUGCCGUGAAGAACAAGAUGGAGGUCAAGGAGGUUGUGUGCUCCCACUGUGGCAAAGGAGGACAUGAGGUUGAGGCAUGCUACAAACUGAUCGGAUACCUAGAGGGAUGGAUUUUCUGCGAUCAGGCCGGAAGGGGAAGAGGGAACAAUCGCGGAAGAGGGAACACCCGCGGUCCAGGAAGAGGAGCGGGACAGUCGACCGCUGGUGCUGGAUGGUCAACCGUUACGGGCGGUCGAGGCGAAACACCCAAAGAGGAUGCAUUGAGAAACAACCCAACCAUUGAUUAUUUUGAAGGUGCUGAAGAACUAUCCACGGAGGACCAUCUGGACCGUUCCUUGAGGAACGACCGAUCGCUGGGAAAUGGAGACGUAGAAGAGCUACAGACGGUCGACCCUGUGGACCGUACUGAUGACCAUGGUCGACCAUCGGAGGGGCAGUAUGACGGGUCUUCAGGAGAUGAAUCAAUGGUCGACCGCGUCAUGGAGGACGGUCGACCGUCCCCGAGGCUGAAACUUGAUGAUCCAGCACAACUACAGACGGUCGACCCCGUGAACCGUUCCAUGGAUGGCGGUUGACCGUCCACUUCCCAGCCAGCAGUGGAGACCCUGGGGCGUAGUCAACGGGAAAGACGGCCAAAUGACUUGUAUUCCUUGUCUAAUUUGGAAUUAUCUUCUCCUAUAAAUAAAGGAGAAACCCCUUG